UUUACCUCAUCAUUAUUGGCUAAGUCUGUCUCACGAAUGAAAGGGGACGUUGUGGUUUAGUAGUUUCAUUCUGAAACUUUAAGAUAAUGGCUUCAGUCACAGUUCUCUUCCUGAUUUUAUCUGUUUUCCCCUCUCAGAGUGAUCUUCAUGUUCUUCAGUGGACACACGGCUGUGCAGCUGAAUGUCACUCUAAUGGUUCAGUAAUAUUUCUUCAAGGCACUGAUGAAUAUGCCUAUGAUGGACAGAACUCAAAAUUUACCCUCUCUAUGGACUGGAUACCUUUAGUUCCAGUUUCCAGCCUGGAGAAGAAAUGUUUAGAGACAUUAACCAGCUUCAUUGACCUUCAACGAGAGGAAAGGUUAAUCAAGGAAUCUCGUCCUGAAGUUUACUUCUCUGUAAAAGCAUCUGGAUCAUCAGAGCAGCAGGUUCUGGUGUGUUUGCCCUCGGUCUUCAACCGUAAACAUGUGCAGAUGGAGAUCAGACAUGAUCAGACGCCGUUACCUGAUGAACGGCUGAACUCAAGUGAAAUCAGACCAAAUGCAGACGAAUCCUUUCAGCUGAAGAAGAGCCCGCAGUUCCUGCCGUCUGAAAGUUCAUGCUAUCAGUGUGUGGUGGAUGAAUGGAUUCUGCCAGAAGUUGCCUAUUUAGUUGACGUCGGACGCCUGUUGGGCUUUGUAACUUUAAUCAGUUUGAUUGUUGCUUCCGUCAUUGUUCUCACAACUUAUCAACUGAUCAAAUAUAUUAAACAUCCAAAGAAGCAGAAAACCCUGAAGACACCAUCACACGUGAAACUGUUGAGACAAGAAAAGUGUGCAAUUUUGGCUCCAGCUUUAAAUGCUGCUCCAGAUGACAGUCUGAAGGUGGUUCUGACUGAGGAGCUUCAUGAAACUCAAAGUCUUUGUGAAGCUGAAGAGACUCCAGCAGCAGCUCCUACAGCAGCUCGAGGGGCUAUAGGCUCUAAAAACAUCUCUCUGCCUGAUUUUGCCAUGGAGAGAGAAGAUUCAGAUCAGAAAACUGUGACUCAGAAUACACUCUUGUUACCACUGCAAAUGUACUGCAGAUCCCAGACCAUUUCAAUGCCAGAUCUUGCUCUUGAAAGAAAGAACAACAGUGACUCCAGCUAGAAGAUCAAGUGGUAUAUCAUGGGCUGUUUUGAUGAUUUUCCAUCAUGGAUGUCAAAAGCUUUAUAUGUGCUUUAUAUUCACUUUCCACAACAUCCACACAGUGUCCACUAUAUAAAUAGGUCAGAAACUGGAUGAUCUAUAUAGGCAUGUGUGGUCAGGAAGCAUAAAUGGAGACAGUGUCAUUCUGUAGCAUGAAAUAAAACCCCUUCAUUGUGUCAACCUUACCGUUUUUUAUUCAAGAUAAAAUAUUGCCAUUGUACUGGUAUCAUUCAUUUGAAAUGAGAUUUUUUGUUGCAUAUAAGACCAUAAUGAAACAAAGUAUUUUGAGAAUUAUGUGUGUUACUUCAAUGUUGUUAUAUACAUUUAAAUGUAAUAAUUUAGCUGACACUUUUAUCCAAAGCAACUUUUAUGCUCUUUGGAUUCGUUUACAGUCUGGUAAAAAAAUGUCUGGUAAUUGUAAAAUUGUGAUGUCCUUAUUCAAAGAAUGAUUCAGUGUGGAUCUUACAGCAGUUAAUAAAGUAAGAGUUGGUGUGUUUUUCAGUUUAUUCAAGUGCUUUUAUAAAUGGAGCAAUGAUUAUAGAUUGAUUUCUGAUUUCUUGUAAGCAGCAGAGGGCAGCAUGAUUCUGUGCAUUCUGUGAACAUUUACGAAACUCAUGAAGCUUUGUGUUUACUUUUAGUCCAUGUUUGUAUCAUAGACUUUAUAAAAUAGGUUUGUACUUGUGAUCUGCAUAGCCAGAGAUGUAUUAACUUAUCACUUUAUCUUCUGUCAGUUGCACCGAUCAACUGCUGAAAUGUACAAUUUGAACCCAACUGGUGGCAUUCAUAUAGAAAUAACCCAAUACACGUUAAGAAUAACCCAACAAGAGAUGCAGUGUUCUUUGUUUAACCCAGAUAUUGGGUACAAUAAACAAUCCAACUGUUUUAGAGCAUAGGAAAACAUAAUUCAUUUGAGUUUCCUGCUAUCAAAAUUUUGCAUACCUGGACAAAAUGU